GCUGCGGUUGAAACGUCCCGCAUAAGACUUACGUUCUCCCUCCGUCCUCUCUACAACCACAUCACCACCACUCUUACUUCCGCCGCACUCCCACUCCCGCCUCUCUAUUCACCGCUCGACCCAACAGCCCAAAGAAUAUCACAGAACAAAGCAGCUGGCAGUCUUGGAAGCACACCCCUCUUCCACCCACCUACCCAUCGGCGAUUAUUGAAGGAGACGAGACGAGGAGAUUAGCGGUGCCUGCGACGGCGGCCGGACACCAUCAUGGCUGGCACGAGAAACUAUGACUUUCUUAUCAAACUCCUCCUCAUCGGCGACUCGGGCGUGGGCAAGUCGUGCUGUCUGCUGCGCUUCAGCGAAGACUCCUUCACCCCCUCCUUCAUCACAACCAUCGGCAUCGACUUCAAGAUAAGAACCAUCGAGCUGGACGGCAAGCGCGUCAAGCUGCAGAUCUGGGACACGGCGGGGCAGGAGCGCUUCCGCACCAUCACCACCGCCUACUACCGCGGCGCCAUGGGCAUUUUGUUGGUGUAUGAUGUGACGGAUGAGAGGAGUUUUAACAACAUCCGAACGUGGUUCUCCAACGUCGAACAACACGCCACCGAAGGCGUCAACAAAAUCCUCAUCGGCAACAAGUGCGACUGGGAAGAGAAGCGCGCCGUCUCCGUCGAGCAAGGCCAGGCCCUCGCCGACGAGCUCGGCAUCCCCUUCAUGGAAGUCUCGGCCAAGGCGAACAUCAACGUGGAAAAGGCCUUUUUCAACCUCGCGAGCGACAUCAAGAAGCGCAUUGUCGAUACGCAGCAACCGCAGGCGCAGCAGCAGCAGGCGGGUGUGCAGGUUGGGGGCGCGGCGGGAGGAAUGGCGGGGCUGGGGAAGAAUUGUUGUUAAGGGGUUGCGUGAGUGAUGGACAGAGGGGCGAAGCCUUCCUCUUGGAAUAAGAGACUGCCUGUCCCUAAUGCCUGGCACCAUUUGAUCCGACGAAGACGAGCGAUAAUCAAAGAUUUCGUGUUGGAAUACAAGUGAUCUUUGAGGUUCUUUGUAGCUGCUCCACUUCGAUAUGCAGUCUCCUUCAGUUCUCUCGCCUUCUCUUUCCAAUACAUCAGGGC